AUGGCGGCCACAGACGAUUUUUCACCAGUUGUCAUCUUGGUACUAUUGAGACUCCACGGUGGUUGUUUGGAACAAUCUGAGGAACCUCGCCUGAUAGACCUGACAUGGACUAUGGAGGAGAGAAUGAACAUGUACCCAACGCACGCAGAAUAUCGCUUCACCAUUGUUUACAGAGGUGAACUGGCUCCUGGGUACCCCGAGUCCUAUCUGGAGUCCAACAACCUCUUCAUGUCUGAACAUACGGGAACUCACCUGGACGCGCCUGCGCACUUCGUGCCUGGGGCCUGGAGACUUGACGAGAUCCCGCUCGGUCACCUGACCGGCCCGGGAGUGGUGGUGGACGUGCGGGACAAGAUCGGGAACAACUCGGACUACGCCAUCACACAACAGGACUUACAGGACUGGGAACGGCAGUAUGGGCGCAUCCCUGACGACAGUAUUCUCCUGCUCCGUACAGGCUGGGGGGAGUGGUUCUGGGAACAAGGACCCCAGGCUUUCCUUGGCACAGACACUGAAGACGUCAAUCUGGUGCAUUUCCCUGGUCUCCACCCAGAGGGCGCUCAGUGGCUUGUAGACAACCGUAAUGCGCCUCUGGUCCACCGAAUCCUUCUGCCCAACAACGUCCUCAUCCUGGAGAACGUUGCCCACCUGGACAAGAUGCCCCCUACCGGUUCCACCGUGUACGCCAUGCCCAUAAAGAUCGGCCAGGGAAGCGGAGCUCCUGUUCGGGUCUUCGCGAUCGUGGACGGAAGAACCAGCACAGCGGGGCUAUCGACGCCAAACUGGGCCGCCAUGUUGUCUACUCUGCUCAUCUUGCAAUUGGCUGUUAUGUAA